CGCGGUGACCUCUGACCCCGCCCACAUCCUGCGGACGUGUGAGAGGACUGUGAUUCACCGCGGAGUUUCUCAACUUUCACCAACCGUCCAAACUUUCACCAUCAGCGGGGAACCGGCGCCGGUGCCGCCGCGCUGCGGUCAGCCCGGUACGUCAGUUAACGCAUCUCGUCGUCAUGGCAGCCAAAACCAAAUGGGAGGCGGUGAAGGAGCGUGUGACAGGAAGUCCCGCCAACGACCCGGACGCCGCGGCGGAGGCGAAUCUGGAGAACGCAGACUCCGAACUCUGCAUCCGACUGCUGCAGGUUCCCACCGUGGUGAACUACUCUGGUUUGCGGCGGCGGUUGGAGGCCAGCGAUCAGGCCUGGAUGGUGCAGUUCCUGGAGUCGAGGGGUCUGGACCUGCUGAUGGAGGCGUUGGAGCGUCUGUCCGGUCGCGGCUGCACUCGCAUUGCCGACGCUCUGCUGCAGCUGACCUGCGUCGCCUGCAUCCGAGCCGUCAUGAACUCGUCCGAAGGACUUCACUUCAUCCUGGACAACGAGGGCUACGUCAGGACCCUGACCCAGGCUCUGGACACGUCUAACGUCAUGGUGAAGAUGCAGGUGUUUGACCUGCUGGCGGCGCUCGCUCUGUUCGACCCUCAGGGACACCACCUGGCCCUGGACGCCCUGGACCACUACAAGAGUCUGAAGAAGCAGCAGUAUCGCUUCAGCGUGAUCAUGAUCGAGCUCCACGGCACCGAUAACGUCCCGUACAUGGUGACACUGAUGAGCGUCAUCAACGUCCUGGUGUUGGGACUGGAGGACCUGAGGAGGAGGGACCGUCUGCGUCAGGAGUUCAUCGGACUGCAGCUGCUGGACGUCCUGCCCAAACUGAGGGAGAUGGAGGACGAGGACCUGAACAUCCAGUGUGAUGCCUUCGAGGACUCGAUGAUGCUGGAUGAGGAGGAAAUGGAGAGACUGUACGGAGGCAUCGACAUGAGCAGCCACCAGCAGGUCUUCACCACGCUCUUCACCAAGGUGUCCAGCAGUCCAUCCUCGGUCCAGCUGCUGUCCAUCCUUCAGGCCUUGCUGUUGGUGGAUUCAGACAGAGCAGAGAUGUGGUUGGCUCUGGAGAUGCUGGUGGACAGAGCGACCCUGCUGUCCCAGGACUGUGACUCAGAUUCUGCUGACAGUCUGCUGGAGAGACUCCUCCCCAGAAAGUCCCUGUCAGCCAAUCAAAAGAUCCGAACCACCGACAGGGCGGUGCAGACUCAACUACCAGACAGUCCGUCUGCUACGCCAGGUGCUCUGUCUUCUACCUUACCUGGACUAGGAGCUCCUCCACCUCCCCCUCCUCCUACCUCCUUACCUGGUGUGGGAGUUCCUCCUGCACCUCCUCUCUUACCUGGUAUGGGAGUUCCUCCCGCACCACCUCCUCCUCCCCUACUUGGUAUGGGAAUUCCUCCCCCUCCUCCUAUCUUACUUGGUAUGGGGAUUCCUCCCCCUCCUCCUCUCUUGCCUGGUAUGGCAGCUCCUCCCCCUCCUCCCUUACCUGGUAUGGGAGCUCCUCCCCCUCCCCCAGGUGACAACAUCGUAGCUCAGACAUCUCAGAGUCUGGGCAGGUUGUUUUAUAGCUCUGCCCCCUGCCCCACCCUCCGGAUGAAGAAGCUGAACUGGCAGAAACUCCCGUCCAGAGCAGUGACAGCUCAUCAGUCCUUGUGGACAUCGGUGUCUCAGGACUCCAUGGAACCAGAUUACUGCAGCAUCGAGCAGCUCUUCAGUCUCCCUCCAACUGAGACCAAGACCAGAACCAAGACCAAGACUGAGCCCAAAGAGAUUUCCUUCAUCGACGCCAAGAAGAGUCUGAACCUCAACAUCUUCCUGAAGCAGUUCAAAUGUUCCCAUGAGGACUUUGUGUCAAUGAUCCGGGGAGGGGACAGGUCCAAGUUUGAUGUGGAGGUCCUGAAACAGCUGAUCAAGCUGCUGCCGGAGAAACACGAGGCAGAGAAUCUGAAGUCUCACCAGGCCGACAGGGACAAGCUUUCCUCGGUGGAUCAGUUUUACCUGCAGCUAUUGGACGUCCCCAGUUACUCUCUUCGGAUCGAGUGUAUGUUGCUGUGUGAGGAGAGCAGCUGUCUGUUGGAGAAUCUGAAGCCCAAAGCUGAGCUGCUGGACCGAGCCUGCCAGAGUGUGAGGGAGAGUACUCGUCUGCCAAGCUUCUGUAAACUCAUCCUGAGUGUUGGAAACUUUCUCAACUAUGGGACGCACACGGGGAACGCUGAAGGUUUUAAAAUCAGCACUCUGCUCAAACUGACAGAAACUAAAGCCAACAAGUCCAGGAUCACUCUGCUGCACCACAUCCUGGAGAAGGCGGAGCAGAACCAUCCAGACCUGCUGAACCUGCCCGAUGACCUGGAGAUCUGUGAAAAGGCUGCUGGGUUGAAUCUGGAGUCGAUUCAGUCGGAGAGCAGCGCUCUGAUCAAACAGCUGAAAAACUCUGAGAGGAAAGUUUCCUGUUCGUCUGACGACGUCAAGCAGCAGUUCCUGUCCGCCAUCCAGGAGAGCCUGCAGGCGUGCGAGCAGCUGCAGCAGCUUUUGUCCUCGGUGGAGGACAGGAAGACGGACCUGGCCCUCUACCUGUGUGAGGACAGCAGCAGCUUCUCCAUCGAUGAAUUCCUGAACACCAUCAAGACCUUCAGAGGCCUGUUCCUCCGAGCCCUCAAGGAGAACGAGAGUCGGCGUCAGCUGGAGAAGAGGAGGAAGCAGCAGGAGGAGGACAGGAAACUCAGAGGAGACACCAGCAAGAUCGUCAGGAGGGACGUGUCCAAACAGGACGAAGGCUGCAUUAUCGACAACCUGCUGGCUGAGAUCAGAAAGGGCUACAACCUGAAGAAGACUAGACCUCGAGCCGAGAGGGGCAGCAGAGUCCACGAUCAUCCUGCUGUCAUACAAAGGUCAUCAGCUGUGGACGAGUCUGAUGUCUCCAGUCAGUCAGAUAAGACCACAGUACCGAAGGCAAUGCAGAUCCCCUUAGGUCCACCAGCCGCAACAAGACCAGAACCUGCUGAGAGUGAUGAAGGUCCUCCAGUUGGACCCUCCACGUCUGCUGCUGACACCAAGCAGGACCCAGUCCAGACCAGACUCAAGGGGUCUGAGGAGGACUCUGGAGGUCCUGACCUGGAGACCAGUGAGGGAGCUCCUGCAGGAGGAGGAGAGGAGGAGGUGCAGCUGAGACCAGAGGAGUCCAGAGAACAGAGAGAGGACUCAGAGUUUGAGGAGAUCACAUCGAUGGAAGUGAGAACAAGUAAACACAAUGAGGAUCCAGACCAAGUAAACAGGUCCAGGACCGGUUCAGCAGGAGCAGCCGUUGGAUCCAAAACCAAGAAAAGCUGCAUGUUGCACUGAGGUGCGAGUCUGACAGGCUGAUCUCAGGGCACGGUAACAGGUUAUGAGAAAAGGCCUCGUCUCCAUGGUGACGGGACAGAAUCAGAUAACACAAAUAAAUAAACUGGUCACGUGUCUGUCAGUGUGACAGCUGAUUGGCUGAGAGUUUACCUGAGCAGGUGUGACGCCAUCAGCUGAUAAGUUGAUUGAUUGGUGAUUAAUUAUAAGGUUGUACUCUGGAUGAUUAGUGAAUGAAGAGCUGCUGGUCUGAGGUCAGUCUGCCAACUCAUCAGUCAAUCAAUCAAUCAGUUCCUAAUCGAUCAAUGCUUAAAGUUUGUGUCAGCUGUGAUGAUUUAUUUUUUUCUCUGUCUGUGGCUGUAAAUUGAUCAGUUAUGGGUUAUAGAUCGAUUGUUGAUCAGAAAAUAAAAAGACAAAAAGGUCAA